AUACUUUCAAAGUGACAUCAUUUCCACAAUGCCCAUCUCAUCACAAUGAUACGAUCAUAAGCGAUGAUCUCAUGAAGCCUUACAAACAAAUAGCGAACGAUGCCAUAGAGUUGCAUUAAAGCUACAACUUACCGCCGCGACGGCACGGCACAGUGUCCGCUGUUGUGGACCCGCCUGGUCACGACAACUGUCACCAUAAUGCCACAAGUGACAAUACUUACACUGUGAUCUCAAAACUGGGCACGUUUCUGUGAAAGCAUCAUGGAGCUACAUGCGAAAUACACAUUUCACCACCAAAUGUUUUGGAAACAGGCCUUUUAUCGACCAGUUCCUUGAACCCAAGACAAAAAUGGAAGUACAAGGCGACGGCCAACACAACGGUCCAAUUCGCCGCCGUUUCCGACGAAGAUUAGGACGAGGCGCACCAAACGUGGGAGCCCUCAGAGUCAAUGUUUGCGUCUCCAACCAGGAGAUCACUAUUUCCUUUCAGGUGGUGCCGAGGCCAGCUGGAGACGCAGACAACGAAAACAACGCCAACGAUGCCAAUACAGAAGAAAGUGACGGGAAUAGUGAAGACAUCGACCCUAAUCCUAGUAGUGAAGACAAUGACGGUGAAGUUGAAAACAAUGACAGCGAGGCUAACGUUGAAGAAAGUGACGGGAAUAGUGAAGAGGGCGAACAUCGUCCUAGCAGUGAAGACAACGAUGGCAAUAUUGAAAACAAUGACAGCGACGCCAAUAUUGACGACAACGAUGCCAAUCAUGAAGACCACAACGAGAAUAAUGAAGACGCCGUCGCCAGCAUCGAGGACAACGAUGCUAAUAACGAACACAAUGACAGUGAAGUCAGCGUUGAACGCAAUAACAGCGAUGCCAGUGUUGAAGACGGUAACAAUGAGGCCAAUAUUGAAAACAACAACAUUGACGCCAACGCUGAAAACGACAACGAUCCCGACAACGACGACAGCAAGGCAUCAACGGAAGAAAGCGGCAGCGACGCAAGCAGCCUGCAGAGUGACGAUCGCUCCGGUGAAAAUCCCGAAUUCAACAUUUCAAUGGGCAUCAUGCCAUUUCCGCGCGGCAAUAUCGCGCAGAACAUUUUCGUCGAAUUCCACGGGACGAGUACAGACGGCUUUGUAAGUGUCAAUGAAAACAGCGACAGCGACAUUUCGCUGGAAUGAAAUGCGGAAGAUCGUCAAAAUAUUGAAAACGACAUUUUCAAUAAUAGGACUUGAUCAUCAUUCAAAAGAUAACACGAGUUUCAAGUCUACGUCAUAGCAUUUUGCACAGAAUACAAUUUAAGGACAUCGCAAAAUCGCCAUAAUUGCCGUGAUGUGACUUAUUUUGGAGUUGAGUGUGAAGCUGCCCAACCUGAAGCCAUCGUCAAAUCAAUCACAAGCCUGCGAUGAAGCUGCAAAAAACUCCUCCAAUGCCCAUAUAGAAUGCACCCUCUAUUUUAAAGCGCUUUAAAAGGACUACAGUAGCCCAGAAUGAAUGAGUCAACCAUCGGAGGAACAGAGUUGCAUUGAGGGCAGUGUCUUGGCUCUUUUUGGUGCCCCAACAAACCCAACACCAGAUGCGGACUGCAGUGAAUGAUGAAUCUGUGCAUUCAUCACUCACCCAUUCAACCGCUGUUUUCUUGUGUUCCAAUAAAUUGGUCUCACAGUUAUCCAGUAUUCAAUUUGCACAUGUCUGCAUACGGGUACAUGUCAUCGCUCUAUAACAUGUCUUUUGGAAUGAUGACAAGAGUACCCAGAGCUUUCCAGAAACCGCCCUAGCUAAGCCGCUAAGUCGCGACUCCCAUUUACCGAGAAAAACUCCACAAUCUCAGUUUGUUUAUACCGAGCGAGCGCAGUCUCGGCUCUGUUUUACGACCAGAGAUGUGUUUAUUAUUGUUAGUGCUAGCAGGUCUCGUGUGAGAGACGGACUGAGGAAACACCUGGCCACCUGAUGUCAUUGGGCCACAGGGAUUCCAUGAGGCCGCCGUCAACACUCCAAAACACAUUAAACUCCUGUACUUGGUCAUCCUGAGUAGUUUCGGUACAUGUACAUGCGUGCCUGUGCGCUGCCAAGCAGACUGCCCCCUAGACAGAAAAAAAAAAUACAAUCUUCAAUCAAAUCACACAUUUGUGUUGAUUCACCAUCAUGCGAUUGUGCGAGAACAUCUUACAAGAAAAAUAUUAAGUUAACAUUUUGGACCCUUUCAUGCACCCUGUGACCUGAUAACAUGUCCACUGUAGUCACCGCUGUCCCUCAAAGGGUUAAAUUUUUCCAUCAGAAAUACUGCUCUGCAUGAAGUAGAAAAUGCGUAUGGGAAAAGAAAUAAAAACGCAGCAACACGA